UAAAUCUCUUCUCGCGAGACUUGGGCCCUGUAAAGUCAUCAUGGCUACUACUGUGGACACCAACUUCCCUAUCCAUGGCAUUUUACCGAAGAAAGAAACUGGUGCAUUCAAUUUUCUUGCUAAAUAUCCGGACUAUGACGGGAGAGGAGUCGUUAUAGCGAUUUUAGACACAGGAGUAGACCCUGGAGCGCCUGGAUUACAGGUGACCACAGAUGGUCGUCCUAAGGUGAUAGAUAUUAUAGACACCACCGGAUCAGGCGAUGUGGACACGAGCACAAUAGUCGAGGCUCAGGAGGGAGAGAUUGUAGGACUCACAGGGAGAAAACUCAGGGUCCCAGAGGACUGGAGGAACCCCAGUGGGCAGUGGCAUGUGGGGGUGAAGAGUGCCAUGGAGUUGUACCCCAGGGGGCUGCGGGACCGACUGUCCAAGGAGAACAGAGAGAAGACGUGGGACCCACAACACAGGGUGACACUGGCUGAGGCCAACAGACUCCUGGAGGAGUUUGAUGCCAAGCACCCCACACCGAAUGCUGAGGAAAAAUUAAUCAAAGAAGACCUGAAGUCCCGAGUGGAGCAUCUGACCAGUAUGGACAAAAAUUUCAGUUUUUGUGGCCCUGUAUUUGACUGUGUGGUCUUCCAUGACGGUGAGACUUGGAGAGCCUGUGUAGACACCAGUGAACAAGGUGACCUGGAAUCCUGCAAACUCUUGGCCAACUACAGAGAAGAGCACCAGUAUGGGACACUGAGCAAUGAAGAUAUGCUGAACUAUAGUGUUAACAUCUACAAUGAGGGCAACCUGUUAGAAGUAGUUACAAAUGCAGGUUCCCACGGCACCCAUGUGGCGUGUAUAGCCGCAGGACAUUUUCCUGCAGAACCAGAGAAGAAUGGCGUAGCACCCGGGGCUCAGAUAGUCGCCAUUAAGAUUGGAGACACACGUCUUGGUUCCAUGGAAACGGGAACCUCAUUGGCCAGAGCAAUGAUAAAGGUGACAGAGCUGAAGUGUGACCUGGUUAACUACAGCUAUGGGGAAGCCACUCACUGGCCCGACACUGGACAUGUGUGUUCCUUACUCAGUGAGGCAGUGGACAAGCAUGGGGUCAUCUAUGUGUCCAGUGCUGGCAAUAAUGGGCCUGGAUUGUCCACUGUGGGGGCACCAGGGGGCACCACCACUGCUCUCAUAGGUGUGGGUGCCUAUGUGUCCCCAGAGAUGAUGGCUGCUGAGUACUCACUGAGACAAAAACUACCAGGAAUGCACUAUACAUGGUCCUCACGGGGCCCAGCAACUGAUGGUGCCCUAGGGGUUUGCAUUAGUGCGCCAGGGGGUGCAAUAGCCUCAGUUCCCAACUGGACCCUCAGAGGAUCUCAGCUCAUGAACGGAACCAGUAUGAGUUCACCCAAUGCCUGUGGAGGAAUAGCUCUUGUGCUAUCUGGUCUGAAAGCCACAGGCACGUACUACAGUCCAUACAGUGUACGUCGAGCCAUAGAGAACACAGCACAGCAUAUAGAGAGUAUGGAGAGGUUUGCACAGGGACAUGGCAUGUUACAGGUGGAUGCUGCCUUUGAGCAUCUCCUACAGCAUGCAUCGUGUUGCACGCGGCGGAUGAAGUUCACGGUGACUGGACCCUCUGGUACACGGGGCGUAUACCUCAGAGAGUGGGCCCAGUUGACCAGACCACAGGAGGUGGCCGUCACUGUAGAACCUAGUUAUAUAGAUCCUUCUACUGAUCAGCAUGAAAAGAUCCAGUUUAUGCUGAGGUUCAAUCUUAUCUGUGAUGCCUCUUAUGUAGAAGUCCCAUCCCAUUUUGAACUCAAUAAUUCUGCGCGGGCUAUAUCUGUAAAGGUGGACCCGCGGGGGCUGACACAUGGCGUUCAUUACACUGAGGUGCUGGCCUAUGAUGUCACAUGUCCAGUCAAAGGUCCUGUCUUCAGAGUACCUGUUACUGUGAUCAUCCCUGAACCGGUUCAAGACACAGUCAACUUCAGGGUGGAGUUUUCCAAUCAGCAGUUCAAACCAGGUCAGGUCCACAGGCACUUUAUACGGGUGCCACACGGGGCCACAUGGGCAGGUGGAAAGAAGUUCCAGUGCUUUUUAUUGAAGAAAGGAUACAAGUACCCAGUUUUUAUUGCCCCAAUACCAGAUGAUAAAUUGCCAAAAGGUGUCGCUGCUGGGCACUUCCUGUCAGGCACCAUUUCUCUUGCAAAGGACGAGUUGGGAAAGAAAGCAGACGUUUACCCAUUCAAGUAUACAGUAACAGAAGUAGCGAAGAAGAACAAUAAUAAUAAGAACAAUGGCAAAGACAAGAAGGAGAAGACCAAAGAACAGGAGUAUGCUGAAGCCCUCAGGGAUCUAAAACUUUCUUGGAUGCCUAAGCUAGACAACAGCCAGACCAUAUUUGAGGAUUUACUUCAAGACUUUCCUGAUCAUCUCCCCCUCUACAUGGCACGCUUGCAGUCCCUGGACAAUGAACAAGAACGUCUUAAAAGACUCCCAUCUAUCCUUGCUGCAGCACAGGAAGUGACAUCACGCAUAGACCAGAAUGCACUGCUGGCAUACUAUGGGAUGAAGACUGAUGCCAGACCGGAAGCUGCGACAAUCAAAAGUGAGAUGGACAAACAGAAGGGCAUGCUGGUGGACGCACUGGGGCGGCUAGGCUGUGCUCAGGCAGACAUUGUCAUGGGAAAAGCAGAACAACCACCAGAGGGAGACACUGAGGACCUGCCUGAGGUUACCCUGGACGAUCUGACGGCUACGUUUUAUGAGCUGCAAAAGUUUAUCGAUAUCAAUGAUCUCAAGGUGUCACAGUUCGUUGUCCGCCAUGCCCUUGCGCACAAACAUUAUGGCCGUGCACUGAAAGUGUUGCAGAAACAGAAUGACGAGAAGAACACCAAAGAAAAUGAUUUGAAGAUCAUUGAGAUAUAUCGCACCCUAGGCUGGGAUCAUGCAGUGAAGCAGUAUGAAAAUCUGCUACUUAUAAAAUACCCAGCAGGAUUUAGGCUAUUCUAAUUAUCAUUGUGACCUAUGUCAUAAUGUCCUAAAAUGUAUUCUUAGUGAUUUUCUUAGUUCUUACUGUCAUUAAGCUACCCCUAGGCUUCAGUUUAUUUUUAAACUGAGUUCAAUUGACAUUUUAUUCCAUUCAGACUUUGAUGACCUACACUAAGUCAUGAUAAGUGACUAUGUUGAGAGAUGUACUGAAUUUAAUUGAAUUGACAUUUUAUUCCAUUCAGACUUUGAUGACCUUCACUAAGCCAUGAUAAAUGACUAUGUUAAGAUAUUACAGAAUCUACUUGAAUAGGUGUGUUAUAAAUGCAACCAAAAUGUCCAAUUUUAUUUCCUUUGAAUUUUCAGCCAACUGGUGUCAUAAUGUCGUCAUCUAAGACUGAUAUCAGUGGCUCUUCUUUACCUUUAAUUUUAAAGGAAAUCCAACUGUGAAGAUAAUAUUUAAGCCAACAAUAAAAUCAUUCUCCUCUCAA